CUUCACACACCCUCAAACACGGGUUCUAUCAAAAAGCCGUGUUUACUUUUAAUUACGAAGCCGCGUUUUGCUUGUUCACCUUCCUCCUCCUCUCCAUUACUUCUUUGACUCGUCUCUCUUAGUUUCCAUUCUCUCCUUCUAGCAAUCAAUCUCUCCUUCUUCUCUCUUUACCGGAAUGCCAGUAUAAGAGAAAGAAGAAGAAGAGGAAAUCAUAGGAAAAUCAAAAAAAUCGAAUUCCCGGAAUUUCACUUUCCGGAGUUAAACAAAAAAAAGAUGUCAAAAAAAUCUAGGAAUCAUAAUGUUCUUAGCGUUGUUGGUGUUCUUGUUCUUGUUUUAGGGUUUUUGUUUAAACCUUCUGAUACUAUCCGAUCAUUCAAAAUCAUAUCAGAUCUAAAAAACCAGUUGCCGAGAUUUGCCGAGGCGCCUGAAUACAGAAACGGAGCUGAAUGUCCGGCGACUACAUCAUCAUCAGUCUGUGAUCGGUUUCGUGUUCAUAUAGCUAUGACAUUAGAUGUAGAGUAUUUGAGAGGAUCAAUGGCUGCAGUUUCAUCAGUUCUAACUCAUGCUUCUUGUCCAGAAAACGUAUUCCUUCAUUUCAUUGUAGCAGAAUCAGAUUCAGAGAAGUUAUCACCGUUAACUCAACUAGUUCGAUCUACUUUCCCUUCUCUUCAUUUCAAAGUUUAUCUGUUCAAAGAUGAUUUAGUCAAGAACUUAAUUUCAUCAUCAAUUCGUUCAGCUUUAGAGAAUCCAUUAAACUAUGCUAGAAAUUACUUAGCUGAUAUCCUUGAUCUCUGUAUAGAUCGUGUGAUUUAUCUCGAUUCAGAUCUUUUAGUAGUUGAUGAUAUUCAGAAAUUGUGGAAUAUUGAGUUAACAAAGUCAAGAAUCAUUGGAGCACCAGAGUAUUGUCAUGCAAAUUUCACUAAAUAUUUCACUGAUGGAUUCUGGGCAGAUCCAGUUUUAUCAAGAGUUUUCUCAGGGAGGAAUCCAUGUUAUUUCAAUACAGGUGUAAUGGUAAUGGAUUUGAAGAGGUUUAGACAAGGGAAUUACAGAAGAAGAAUUGAAGGAUGGAUGGAAUUACAAAAACAAAAGAGGAUUUAUGAAUUGGGUUCAUUACCACCAUUUUUACUUGUUUUUGGUGGUGAUGUUGAAGCUAUUGAUCACAGAUGGAAUCAACAUGGAUUAGGUGGUGAUAAUGUGAAAGGUAGCUGUAGAUCUUUACAUCCUGGUCCUGUUAGUUUGUUGCAUUGGAGUGGUAAAGGUAAACCAUGGACUAGACUUGAUUCUGGUAAUCCUUGUCCUUUAGAUCAUCUUUGGGCUCCUUAUGAUCUUCAUUUAUCAACACACAAUCAUCAGCUUUUACAGAAUAAGCCCAUUUCUACAUCAUCAUCAUAGAAUUUUUUCUUUUUUUUUGGUUACUUUCUUUUAUUCAAAUUCUUUUUUUGUAUAUAGUUUGUAGAAAUUAAAUUAGGGUUUUUAUUUGUUCUUUGUUAGAAUCAAAAGAGGUAGUAGUGGAGGAGAUAUUGUUGAUUCAGAGUCUGAGAUUGUUUCUUUGUGUUUACCAAAUUUUGCAAACAACAACCAAUGAUCUUAGUUGGUUUGAUCAUGUAUUUGAAGAGAAAAAUAUUGGGGUUAAAAAAAAAAGAGAUGGAUAAACAGAGGUAAUAAUAACAGUUUUUUUCUUCACUGUAUUUUUGUUUGUUUUCUUUCGGUUGAUUAUUGUGAAAUGAUUAUGUUCCGAUCUGUAAUAUUUUG